CAGAAUUCACUCUUUAUCCUAUUCAAUAAAGUUUAUACUUUUCCUGAAGUUAAAGUCAACAGCUCAUUUUUGUUCAUAUGCUGUUAAGACAAUAUUUUAUUGACUUAUUUAUUACAAAAUUACACGAAAUAGGAGAUCUGGAUGUGGAAGCUAAGUACAAAUUUUCAAGGCUUUUCUUUAAUGCCCAUUUAUUGAGCACCUUGUAUUAAUAUUGUAGAUACAUAUGCCCUUGACCCAAAGUGAUCAUAAACAAAACUGUCUCACUCAUAAAGGAAUAUUUUUGGUCGAGAAAUGUGGUAGCUUUUUCCAAAGAAGAUUUUAUAGAGAAGUUAGACUAUGUUGAUAAAGCACUUGAACUAUUCACUGAAAUUAUGAAGUUCCGCAGUAUAUUAAAGCCAUGUGUGACGAAACUUUACAAAUCUUGCAGUUUCACACUACUUCCGUCGCUCAAAAGCGAGUUUGUUUUUCUUUUUUAUGUCUCAUUACUUGGAAUGGAGACCUUUGGAGAAAACGGAUUGGGGCACUUUCUUCUUUGUAUUAAAGUUCAAUAUUGUAAAGAAAUUCUUAGAUUUUUAUGUUCACCUGAAGUACUGCGCGAGCUGAAAUCAGAGUGGAUUCAUGUUUAUGAUGAAUCGUUUGUAGAUACUUUUCUGAUUAAACCUCUUGUAAAAUGGAAGCCUGUAUUUAUGUCCCUUCAAAAGUCUCUGGAAUCAGAGCAAAGUACACCCGAUCAUAAGAAAAUUACAGAAGGUCAACCAUUCAGGCUAACGCAACCAAAACCCCGAUCUAUUCUUAUACCAGAUAUUGUAAUUCCAAAAAUGCAAAAAAUGCGCGACCCUCCAAUUUCUACUUAUAAUCAACCACCAGAAAUUUCUUUAUUACUCAUGGAAAAAAACAAGAAUCGUGAACAGAUUGAAAAGUUAAAAAUUCAAAGUGAUAGGCUUAAACCAAAAUGUGCAGAAAUAAUUUAUGGUGAUGCAAAAACAACGAAUAAUCAAAAUCAAUAUAACUUUAAGAAUGAUUCUACAGAUAACAUAGAAGAUACUAGAAAUAAUAAAAGUAUGAUGAAUCCUUCAGUCAAAUUGGAAAGUCAAAGAAUUAGCUCAAAUAAAAGAAAUUAUUUGUCUGCUUUAAACAAAACCGCAGUGGUUAAUACAAAUGCUGUUAGUAUAUUACGUGAAUGGAAAUUGUAUUCGGAUAGAGAGAGGGAACAAAGACAAAAGCUUUGUGAAUUAGAAUCUGGAGCGUUUACGAAUGCUGCUUAUAAUUCUUGGAAACAAGAAGAAGAGAUGAAAAUUAAAUUAAAUCAACUGAAAAAAAUGGAACGUAAUCGUUUAAAUGUAAUGAUAAGUCAUGAAGCAUCAUCAACAGCUAAGUUUGAUCUUUGCUGUAAACGAAAAAUUGCGGCUAAUAAACUUAGAAAUGAAAAGCAUGCCAAGCUAUUGGAAUUUUUAAAUGAAAGGAAAUUACAACAGGAUAAAAUGAAUAAAGUAGCCAAAGAAGUUGCUAGUUCACAUGAAAAUGCAAAAAUUGCAAAGAAGAAGUUGAUGGAAGAAAAGAAAAAAUCAGCUAGUGAAAUACUUAAGGAAAGUAAACAACUGUUAGAUGAAGCUGCGAUAAAAGCGGAAGAGGAGAAGAAAAUGAAAAAAGAAUUGAUUAGUCAGAUUCAAGCGGAAGAAUUAUCGGCCAUAAUGACGAAAUCACGAAAUGUAAAACAAAUUGAUUUAACCAAUACACCCGGACAUGGUUUACUAAAUGAAAUGUCUAUAAUUGAGUUAAGGGAACGCCUUAAUCAAUUGAAAAUUAAUAAACAACGUGAAUUGGAAGAGAAAAGAGAUGCAAUAAUAAAUGAUAAAGAACAAAAAACAAAGGUUUUAUUAGAGUUACUUAAUCGAAUUGGCAAACACAGAAGUGUAAAAACUGUAGCUGCAACGAGAAAAAUGGUAAAUAAUGGGGAAAAUACUCUUAUCAAUAACUGCAAAGUUACUAAGGAAGAUAUAUACAAAAAUGAUCCAUCACUACAACAAAUGCUUGAUUGUUUGAGUAAACAAAAAGAAGAAAGACAAAGAUAUGCAAAGAGUGAUCAGUCACAAAAAUUCAGGAAAUAUGUAAAUAAAGGUGUUAAAAAUAAAGAGAAUGAAAUUAUUCCCAAAUGAAAUAAACAUUAUUGUGAAGUCAUUUUAUGGUAGCCAUUCAAAAUCCCUUUAGAGUCAAAGUUAGAAUAACCGUGAUAAUUUGUUACUCUUUAAUUAAAUAAAUAUUCAUCAUUGUGAAUAGCACAAAUACAAAUGUCUGAUGAUUCUUAUCAUUGUCUACUGUAUUCCAUAUUCACUUUAUUUUCAAAUCUUAAUUUUUAACAAACAAAUCAUAUUGAUCAAUAUUGGUGAAUACAUCUACUUUCAUCCCUUGAUAUCAAUUAUGUCUAAUUCAUAAUGAAUUGAGUACGGAAAAUCUCUGUUCUUUACAUAUAUAUGCCUAAUCAAUUAGUUUUUCUUACUACAAACAUUGACAUUUGUUGAAUAGUUGAGAUUUCGUUAAAAAAAACAUAGUGUCCUAUUCUAAAUUCGUUCCAUCUGAAUGAUUAUGCGAAUUAUCUAUUUCUGUUGAUGAGCUAUUAUGAGUUUUAAAAUCUAUUGUGAAGCUGCUUACUGGAAAAUUCAAAUUGAACCAUUAAAAGUUAUUAAUAUAAUAUUCUUUCGGUCUUUCUUUCAACAAAACAGUAAGCUUAAAAUACAUGCAUCAUUUAUUUUAUAUCAUAUAGAUGAAACCAACCGAAAAUAUUUCUGAAUGAAGAUAAAUAACAGAUAACCACAGCUAGAAAACGAAAUCAUAGAUAUCUGAAUAUUCAUAUAUUGAAUGUAUCGUCGAAAUGUCGCAUAUUUUAUGCUUUAAAUUUCCUAUUUUAAUAAACCACAUAAGAACUAAUAGACUAAUUGAUUUUUAUAACUUUCUUCAAAUCCCAAAUGAAAACUAACAAACAGAAUACUCAUUGAAUUUCUACUGAAACAGUGAUUAUUAUAUAAAUAACUUAGUUGACAUAUUGUGACGCAUACUACAGAGAUUGCUUCCGAGAAUUAUGACGGAGCCUCCAGAGGCCCCGAAGAAGCCGAAGAGUUUCCAUCCAAUCUGAACAGGAUGAAGCUUUCUAGAAUAUCAUCGUGGCAUACUGUUAUUGGACAGUAGCAUAAUAUGCCUCAUUGCGGAUUGGUUGAACAAACGUUAACAAACGUUAAUAUAUAUAUAAAUACCCAUGAUUUUCUGUA